UUCAGUCAAUUGCGGCCAAUUUCAGUGAACGUUACGCUGUUUUUCUUGCGAGUGCGGAACAUAGCGAAAUAGUUGGCAACGUAUUUGGCCCAUAGUGCGGGCUGCUUGCAACGCGUCACGUCGACGUGGCUAAUUAAAGGCAAUGCCAGGCGGCCAGUGACACAAAGCGCUCGUAAAGUCUCAAUCACACAAAAACGUUCAAUAACAAUAGUUAAGCGAAGAUUACAAUGCACUGUGCGAAAUUGUUGUGCAUUUAACAUUAAAUGACUAAAACAACUCGUGUCCAAGCACUGAGCUUCGGGCUGGCAGUUAGCCAACUAGCGUAAAUAGCAGCGACAACACAGCAGGCAGGCCAGCAGGAGGAGGAGGAGCGUUCAGCUAUGUCGAGCGCCAGUCUGCUUGAGGCGCUCUGCUCCGGCAGCGGCGCUCGCCUGGCGCUGGGCACGUCCAUAGUUGCCUACCUGAUAGCCUACAAUGAGGCAGCCGCACCGGCUCUCGUCUUUGCCACGCUGCUGGCCAUCGUCUACGGUGCCAUGGCCGCGCGCUGCAAGUCGAGCUUGCGCAGCCUGCAGAUGCCCUAUGUGCGCGCUACGAACAAAUUUGACUUUGGCUGCCUCUUCUUGGCCAUCUGGAUGGACGCACUGACGGCCAUGUGCGCCUGUGCAGUGCUGGCACGGACCUUGAGCGCCUGUCUGGACGCCAUGACGGGCGGCUUGGCCCGAAUACUGAUACUGGGCCGCAACUCGCCUGCAAACGAACCCUGGCCGGAUGUACUUGGCGUAGCCGUCGUAUUUCUGGUAACUGGCAUGUUCAUGCUGGGCCUCGAGCACUCGAAAGCAUUCAGUUUUAUUAUGACUCUCGGCAUGUUUGGUCUGAAUGCAAUUCUCAGCGCUGUGGGCUGGUGGCGUGGCGACUUUUUGGCCUGGUCGGAGAACUACUUUCAGCCAAAUGGCAUUAACAGUUUCCUCUUGACAACCGCCUUGCUGAGCUACGCAGUACCCAGCGUUCUGCCUCAGCAGCAUCGCGGCGCACGCAGCACAGCGAUCAUGGUCUUUGCUCUGGUCUGCAUCUCAUUGCUGCUAACCGCCAUUUGCUUAUCCACAGUGGUGCAUUUCAAAUUGCGCGAUGACUAUGUGGCCGUGCCGCUCUUCAAUAUUCUGGAUGAGAGCGGCUUCCAUAAGCUGGUGCCAGCCUCGGCUUGCAUGCUGCUGCUGACCAGCUCGGCGGCCUUUAUGGAAAUCUUUCCCGAGCUGUACGGCAUUGUGGUGCGCCUGGCCACCUCGGAGUGGCGCAUUCUCAGCAAGCAAAUCAGCUACGAGAGCUCUGACAGCGGCAAUCCCGUCCUGGCCGUCUUCAUAGCGGGCAGCCUGUGCGCCAUGCUGGCCUUCGCCUGCCCGCUGCAGCAUCUCAGCUACUGCCUGGCGGCUAGCCAUUUGACGGCCGGCUUUCUGCGUGCCUUCUACUUGCUGUACACGCCGUAUCGGCCCAAGUUCAUGCAGCCCAGCAGCAGUGAGUCUUCCCUCUCCUACAGCCGCCUCUCCACGGCGCCCAUUGCCAAGAGCAGCAGCAGCUGCAGCAGCGCUGCCACCGCCAGCUCAAGUCGCGUGAGGCGCAGCCUCUGGAAUCUCGGUUUGCACAAGCAGCGCGCCAUGAAGAAGCCAAAGAACAAACAACGAACUAAGCCCGAAGUCGAAAAGGAGUGGCUGCUCCUGGGCGAGCCCACCUCACCUUGUCCGCAGCGCGAGGGCAGAGAUGUGGAGUCCACGGUUCUCUCCGACAGCGAGCCACCGCCUUCGGACUUUGAGUAUCCCGAUAAGUUUGACAAAACUGACUCGGACACCUCAACGGACAUUGAUGCCAUCGUUGAUGAGUAUCGACAAAAGAUAAAGGUGACCACAGCGGGUCCAAUGGAGCGCAGCGUGCGUGUGCCCACAGUGAGCUCCUGGCGCGUGACCAUCUUUUCGAUAGUUGUCAUCGGCCUGGGCAUCGCCCUGUGCGUGGCCGGGCUGGUGCUGCACUGGGCACCAGCCGCCUUCACUGGAGCCAUCGGGGUUCUGAUUGUGGCCAUGAUGAUGGGCAUAAUACCGCAGUACACGGGCAGCGUCAUCAAUGUGAGUCCCGUGCUCUGCGCCCUCUGCCUGCUGCUGAGCGUCGUCUUCUUCUCGGCCUGUGCGGUGCACGCCUGGCCCGGCGUGCUCGUCUGGGUGCUGAGCGGACUGACGCUGCUGUUGCGCUGCGAUAAGUACUGCUGCAACUGCUUCGAUCAGCCAACCGUUCUCAAUGCCCAGCUGAUACCCAGUGUCUCUGGCAAGGCAUCGACAUCGGCGGCAGCGGGCACAGCCACCAGCAUUCGAAUGCCUCGGCCGCCCAAGGGCGUGAUCAGUCUGCCACAGCGUGUCAGCGGCAUCAGAUGACAGUCGGAGUCCUCCGAAGAGGAGGGCGAGGAUCUAUUCCACGAGGACUUCAAUGUGCGCGACUACGACGAAGAUGAUGCCAACGAGGAUUGCUGGACUGAUUAGCUGGCGAGUCCAGUCAACAAAGACGCCUUUUAAACUUAGCUAGGCUUUUCACAAUUCAAAUGCGGAUUACCAGAGACGAGUCCGGCUCGAAGCUAGUAUUAUACAGCCAUAAAAAUAAAUAUAUAAACAUAUAUACAUAUAUACGAGUAUAUACACAUUAUUAUAUAUAUUUAUGUAUGCCAUCUCUCUAGCUAGAUUCUAUAUACCUAAGCAAAUAUAUAUUUUGUGUCUCUAGUUCCAGUUCAAACUGUUAGGUCUUUAAAUAAAAAAUGCAUGUCGAA